AUGCUGUAUGACUGUCGUACAGAUGUUCUUAUUCCAGGUAUAACAUUGUGGAAUCAUGAUGAGCUGCAGAAGAAUAUUGAUGAAACCCAGCAACCCAAUUCAGAAUUCAAUAUCACGGCAUCAGACUCAAUUGAUGAGAAGUCAAAUUCAUUGAAUGUAUCUGGUUCUCUGAAACUAAGUCUCCUUGGAGGACUAGUGAACGUGGCAGGAUCAGCUAAAUACUUCCAAGACACAAAGAAAUCUCAUAAACAACAGCGGCUCACUCUCCAGUACAAAACAACAAUAAAACAUGAACAACUAACAAUGGCUCACCUUGGUCGCGGACAAGUAUCCCAUCCGAAUGUUUUUGAAGAAGAUACAGCCACACAUGUUGUCACUGCCAUCUUAUAUGGGGCUAGCGCUUACUUUGUGUUCGACAGACAAUCGUCCUAUGACGAAGACAAGAAACAAGUUGAGGGGGAGGCCAAAAUCAUGAUGGAUAAGCUGACAUUUCUAAUGAAAAAGGCAGAGGCACCUUUUAACAUUGAUGAAAAAGAGAAAUCAGCAGUGGAACAAUUUAAUUGCACCUUCCAUGGAGACUUUCACCUACCCAGCAACCCGUCAACAUUCAUUGAGGCUGUGCAGGUUUACGGACAACUGCCAAAAAAGCUUAGAGAGAAUGGAGAGGAUGCUGUUCCAGUCAAGGUGUGGCUGUACCCUCUGGUGAAGCUGGACUCAAAAGCUGCAAAACUACAAAGAGACAUCAGCAACAGACUCAUCACACAGUCCUCAGAAGUCAUAGAGCUUUUAAACAAGACGGAGAUGAGAUGCAAUGACCUGCUGAAUGACUCAUCAGCAACAACAUUCCCUGCCAUGGAGAAGAAGCUUCAGACUUUCAUGCAAAACUGCCGUCACUACAAAUUAGAGUUCAUGCAGAAGCUCGGGUCAGUGCUCCCCUCUAUCCGAGGGGGUGGUCAAGAGGAGAAUGCACUUGAAGACAUCCUUAAGACACAUGAGAGAUCUCCUUUCAACAGUGGAGAUCUGGAUCAAUGGCUAACCCAGAAGGGAAAAGAAUCCGACACAAUUAGGUCCUUCCUCAAGCAGAUGGAGAAACUAGGUGUUAAUCUGGAUGAAAAAUUGGAUGAUCUUUUAUCUAAUUCAAGCAUCAGAAAUAUUGUGAGCUUCUCAUUUACCUCUCUAGACCAGCCUGACAGCAGCCUCGUAAAACAAUCCAACUUCCUUACUGCUGGAAUGAUGAGUGCAAGUCCAGAUUCUGAUGUUCUAGAGAAUAGGACCACAGAGUGGCUCUCUGCUGAUACCAGACAAAGCAUGAGGAGACAGCUUCAGCUGUUUGAGGAGUUGAAGAAGCUGGCCAACAGUGAUGACACCAAAUUCAUCGUUGCAUCAAAAUAUGACGAGCGUUACCCUGGAGCCUGCAUAUUCAUAUAUGAACAUGGGAGUGAGCCUGUCCCCUUCAUUCCUCCAGCCAAGCCUGCCACUCCAACCACCUCUGAUGUAUCAUGUGAUGGAUUAACAGUUCGGAUAUCGGAGCCAGACUCUGCCACUGUAGAGUAUCGAGCAGAGUUCAAAAGGAAAAGGGAGACUGAAUGGAAAACUCUCCCUUUGCAGAAGAAUGUGCAAACGAUAACUCUGUCAGGACUGAAGCCAGACACUAAAUAUGAGAUCAGAGCCACAGCUGUGGGUAAACUUGGGUAUUCUGUCAGCAGUGAUGCCAUUACUGUUGUGACUGCUAAACCUACUACUAGCCCACCCACCGAUUUGAAAGUGAAAGAAGAGAAGGCAAACUCCAUCACUUUGACCUGGUCAAACCCAAAACAUUGUGAACCUGUAAAGCAGUACAUCGUAGCGUAUAAGGAAGACAAUGGCAGUCACUGGCAAAGAAAAGAAACCAAAACAGAAAUGUACACAUUCACCCUGAGGAAACUGAAACCAAAUACCACCUACUCCAUCAGGAUGUGCACAGGUGCUGGUAAAGAAGAGAGCAAACCUGGUGGAGAGAUAAAGGCUAAAACCAAGAAAGAAUUACUGGACAUGAAGAGGUUCAUUCCCCUCUCAGGUACCCCAAAAGCAUAUCUGCUAAAAAUGACAAAUGCUUCAUCAGGUCAGUUCAACAAGAGGGUGUUCGGACAUGCAUCAUCCCAUAACCCUACAAACAAAACCAUCAUGCUUGUUGGUGCCACUGGAUCUGGCAAAACAACCCUCAUUAACGGCAUGAUCAACUACCUACUUGGAGUUGAUUGGGAGGACAACUGGAGAUUUAAACUGAUAGACGAAGAGACCAACAAAUCACAAGCACACAGUCAGACCUCAGAGGUGACAGCCUAUCAGAUUCACCCCUCAGAUAAAUUCCAAGUUCCAUAUUCACUCACAAUCAUUGACACUCCGGGGUUUGGGGACACCAGAGGAAUCAAACAAGACAAGAAAAUUACAGGAAGAAUUGCAGAGUUUUUCUCACAUAACGAUGGCCUUGAUUCAAUUGAUGCAGUGUGCUUUGUCAUGCAGGCUGCUUUAGCGCGUCUGACACACACACAGAAGUACAUAUUUGAGGCAAUCCUCUCUGUGUUUGGGAAGAACAUUGCCAACAACAUCAUCACUCUGGUCACCUUUGCUGAUGGCAAUCGUCCUCCAGUACUGGAUGCCAUCAAAGAGGCCAACAUUGCAUGUGCCACACAAUCAGAUGGGUCUCCAGUCCAUUUUGAAUUUAACAACUCUGUGCUCUUUGUCAACAACUCCGGAGGCAGUAGUAAUGAUGGAGACUUUGAUUACAUGUUCUGGAAAAUGGGGAAGACCAGCAUGGGCAAAUUCUUCACUACGUUAGCUCAGAUGGAAACCCAGAGUCUAACCCUGACAAAAGAAGUUCUCGAAGAACGCAAACGGCUGGAGGCAACAGUUGAGGGACUGCAGCCACUCAUCAGACAGGGGUUGUCAAACAUGGAGGAAAUACGUAGCACACAAGCUGUACUGGACAGACACAAGACUGAAAUUGAAGAGAACAAGGACUUUGAAUAUGAAGUAGAGGUUGAAAAACCUGAGAGGAUUAAUAUUCCACCAGGAACUUUCAUCACCAACUGCCAUGGAUGCAACUUUACCUGCCACUACCCUUGCUAUAUACCAAAUGAUGCGGAUAAAGCUGGCUGUUCUGCAAUGCUAAAUGGAAGCUGCACAGUGUGUCCAGGAAAAUGUGUGUGGAGUGUUCAUCACAACAUGACCUACAGAUGGGACAUCAAACGUGUGACAGAGAAGAAGACUUAUCAAGAGCUGAAGAGUAAAUAUGCGAAAGCAAUGGGGGAGAAGAUGAACCAAGAGCAAAUUGUGACAAAGCUGGAAGAAGAACGUUGCCAAGUGCAAGGAAAGGUUUUAGAAAUGAUGGAAAUUGUAACUACCUCUCUGAAGCGUCUGAAAGAGAUUGCACUUCGUCCAGAUCCUUUAGCUACUCCAGACUACAUUGACCUUAUGAUACAGUCAGAGGAACAGUAG